ACCAUGGUGCCGUGUUGUAGUUGUUUAUUAGUAGAAAUCGAACGAUAAUUUAGCGUAAGAAAAUCACAGAAAUUUACUGCAACUCUAGUGCGAAUGUUACCCGGAAUGUUACGGAUUGCUUUCGGAAGCGGUCAGUGUCCCGCGGCGUAUGUCAUCCGCGUUUUACGUGCACAGUGAAUGUGGCUUUCGGUUGCGGAAAGUUGGCACGGGCAACAAAGCAUCGCAUACACCCGGGGGAAUGGGAAUGUGUACGUAGUUUGUAACUGGUUAAAGAAUAUUCCCCGCACCGAGGGUUUCGUGUGUGUGUACGACACGGUGCAGGCAAGAUUGGCAAGACUGUGUUUGGAAUACUCCCGUCAUCGAUAUUAAGCGAAACAUCUGUAUCUUGAACAUCCGGUCGCUUCGCAAAACAACAAGUUGCUGAAGAUGCUUGCUUAGGAUGCGCAUCGGAACAUAGGUGUGAGCGAGAAAGCGAGACAAGCGCGGCCAGCCAGCUGCAAGAGCGAAAGGUGCGCGGAAAACGAGAAACAAACAAAACACCACCAAAAACCGUCUCUGCUCAGGGGAAAGUGUUUUUCUUACGGCGAACGUGAACGUUUUUGCUGCUUGGUUGCCAAAUUGAAAAUCGACAGUCGCAGCUGGAAAGCAUCGUAAAAAAGCGGGUUCCAACAUUCCGAUCAACAGCGCGACACACGCACACGCCCGUACGCGAUGUCGUCACUCUCGGCCAGCGCUGAAAAUUUAUCCAGCGAUCAGAAUAACGAUGGUUCUUCGAUGUGCCUCGAGUUGGCGCUGGAAGGAGAACGGCUGUGCAAAUCGGGCGAUUGCCGGGCGGGUGUGGCAUUCUUCCAGGCCGCGAUCCAGGCCGGCACGGACGAUCUGCGUACGCUCAGUGCCAUCUACAGCCAGCUGGGGAAUGCAUACUUCUACCUGGGCGAUUACACGAAAGCCAUGCAGUACCACAAGCACGACCUCACGCUAGCACGCUCGAUGAACGAUCGGUUGGGCGAGGCGAAAUCGUCCGGCAACUUGGGCAACACGCUCAAGGUGAUGGGGCGUUUCGAUGAGGCCGCAAUCUUCUGCCAACGUCACCUGGCGAUCGCCCGUGUCCUUGAGGAUCGACUGUCGGAAGGGCGCGCCCUGUACAACCUGGGCAACGUGUACCACGCCAAGGGUAAGCAGCUCGGCCAGAAGGAUCCGGGCGAAUUUUCGUCCGAGGUGCAGGAUUCGCUGCUGAAGGCGGUCGACUUUUAUCAGCAAAACUUGCGGCUGAUGCGUGAGCUCGGCGAUCGUGGCGCACAGGGCCGGGCGUGCGGCAAUCUCGGCAACACGUACUAUCUGCUCGGCCAGUUUGAGACGGCGAUCGAGCAUCACCAGGAGCGGUUAAGAAUAGCGCGCGAGUUUGGUGAUAAGGCGGCGGAACGGCGAGCGAAUAGCAAUCUGGGCAAUUCUCACAUCUUUCUCGGUCACUUCGAGCAGGCGGCCAAUCAUUACAAGCGUACGUUAUCAUUAGCGAUCGAGCUGGGUGAGCGAGCGGUCGAGGCGCAAGCGUGCUACAGCCUUGGCAAUACGUACACACUGUUGCGCGAUUUCCCCACGGCGAUCGACUAUCAUCAGCGGCAUCUGGCCAUUGCGCAGGAGCUGGGCGAUCGCAUCGGGGAGGCACGUGCCUGCUGGAGCCUUGGCAAUGCUCACACCUCCAUCGGAAACCACGAGAAGGCGCUCCAUUACGCCAACUCGCACUACCUGCUGGCGAAGGAGUUGGGCGAUAUGGUAGGCGAAAAUACGGCCAGCAUGAACAUAUCCGAUCUGCGCCGCAUGCUUGGCCUGCCGGAGCUUUACAACACGGACAGCGGGGCAGCGGGCGAUGCGGUCGCACAUACGGUCAAGGGAUCAUCGGAGGGAGCUGAAAACGAUACAGGAUCCGCACACCACAGCCAGCCAUCGAUGCACGCAGCCCAAACGCAGGCGAAGGUGGCGGCAUCCCUAGCGGCAAGCAAACAGCAUCGCUUACGUCGGCAGAGCAUGGAGCAGCUAGACCUAAUUAAGCUAACACCGGAUGGCAAAAAGCUGGCACAGCAUAAUAGCGUGCAGGAAAAUCAAGCGGCCAAUGCGCAGGUCCCACCGUCCCAACCGUCGAAGGUGAAAAAGAGCGAGAACAGCUUCAAGAACAACGACGAGGAUUUCUUCGAUUUAUUAACACGAUCGCAGAGCAAGCGCAUGGAUGAUCAGCGCUGCACGCUGAAGCUCACGCAUGCCGAAAGUGUCGAUUCCGCACGGAAACCUCUGACGCAGCAUAACAGCAACAGCAACCCACCGGCUGGGAAAGAGAACAGGAACGUGCUGCUGGAGAUGAUUGCACACUUCCAGUCGGAGCGAAUGGAUGAACAACGAGCACUGUUGCCUGGAUUGAAGCGAAUAUCGCUCGACAAUGCCAACAACAUAAGCCGUCCCACAAAUAACAACGAGCCGUCGUCGACACCCGGAUCGACCACGCCGAAAGAUCCGGUCGCACUCGGUACACCGCCGGACGAUGCAUUCCUCGAUAUGCUGAUGAGAUGUCAGGGUUCACGCAUUGAGGAGCAACGGUCGGAGCUGCCAACGCCAAAUAUAACGCUCGAUGCGGAAGCGAGCGAUGUGCCGGUGGUCGCACCAGCGAAAGCCACCUCGAACAGUGGCGCCACCGUGCCGGAUGAGGAUUUCUUCUCGCUCAUCAUGCGCCUGCAGGGUGGCCGCAUGGAGGAUCAACGUGCCACCGUACCGCUGAACAACAAUCCGAACCGUAGUGCACCAGCUGGCAACCAACCACCACCACCACCACCACCACAACACAAUCAUUCCAAUGGGAGCAACAUGGCGCAUAAUGGCGGCACGGCCAUUAACAACAACGGUGGUACGAACAGUGCGGCCAACGGGAAUAAUAAUGUCGCCAAUGGGAAUGCACAAGGUAGCAGCAGCAGCAGCAGCAGCGUUGGGAAAAGUUUAAAAUGAUUUUACUCAUUCGAUCGUUAGUGCUGGUGUUAAUGGGCACAAGCGAUCACAAAGUUGGGAGAAGAAGAGGAUUGUGUUACUUUAAUUAUUUAACCACACCAAUCAAUCAGAUUACUCGCUCGCCCAGAUGAUGAUGUUUCGUGCUUGUGAUUGUCCGGUGUGAACACAUUUUUAAGGCCGUCAAUGAUGUGUUGUCCACCACGAUUUCAUAUCAUUCAAUAUCAAAAGGGGGGUUUGUCAACCAUUCGAGGGUGGGGGCGAUUGACUAAAUUUUAAUGAUUCGUUUUAAUUGUACAACGUUUUUGGAAAGACAUUAAUUGUUUAGAAUGGUGAGACAGGCGAUGGGUGGCAAACAGCAUGUACUUUUUCUACUAGCGAUGACACUAUUUGUCCCGUCCAUUCAUCUGCGAACGUUUGUUUUUUAAAACCCUUUCUUACGAAUGGAGUGAUUCGGAGGCAACACUCUAUUGUACAUUAGGUUUUUUAUGUAAAAUUAGAUUUGAGAACUUUUCGGUAAUCAAGGGCAGAUUUUUUGUCUGAGCAUGAGUCACUAAUUCACGCAUGAAUAAAGCGAUGUGAGCUGUGGAUAAUAAUGAGUUCAGAGGUUUAGGAACAAAAAAACUUAAUCAAAUGAUAAAUGGACUUUACAGGUACAAUUUUAGUUCACGGGGCGAUUUAUUGGCAUUUAGCGAAAGGAAUCGUCAGCUUUUGUAGCACGUAAAGAGAGAGAGAGAGAGAGAGCGGGAGCGAUUCAAAAUUGUAUUUUGUUUAGUUUAGUAACUGCACUGCUAUCGGUUACAAAUCAGCCCUCUAUUCUCUAUUGUAGUUAUUGUGCACCGUAAGUAAGUCUAUCGUUGUCUUGUUAGUUUUCCCCCUUUUCCCGGUAUGUAAUGUUUAGGUAAGCAGUAGAGCAAACCCCGUAUGCCAUUGGUAGAGAUUAAGAGUUAACAGGUUAGGUUGGGUUGGGCAAGCUGAUCGAGUGGAGGACCCCGAUUGAAUUUGAGUGGAACGUAAUGGAAAGUAACGAGAACAAAAAGAAGGUAAAAUCGCCCUGGUAGAUGUGGCUUACAGUGUGCGUGGAGCAAUGCUAACAAUUCUUCCAUUCCCACUUCCUAUUGGAGUACACGAUACAACUGCUAGGCAUUUGCACAGCCCAUGGGCAAAGGGACCCAGACAGCGCCUGUGGAAGCUAUUACAAAAACGGCGUAUUGCUACCUCCGCUUCCGAUUGGGCUACAACAUUAAAUGAUAUAUUAUCAUUCCGGCUACGAUUCGAGGCGGUAAGGAACUGCGGAGGUGAUCCAGCCACUAGGUAAUUAGUAACGUACAUCCUUCCAAACGAAAAGAACACAAAAAAACACUACAAAAGUGUGAACCUCUGCGAGCAUUACUAUUAAUUAAUCAGGUAUUAAAACAUCUCUCUAAUAGUAAACAGUUUGAAAAUCUAAACGUCCCGCCUAAUGCUCCGGAGUGAGUGCGCAGCGCUAUCUGUUGAUAUAUACGAAAUUUAUACAUAUUACAUACCAUUUAUAUACACACACACACUACCGAUCCAAUACGAUCCAAUACCUGCAUGGGAUGAGAUCCGGCUUCGAACCACCAAACCCAACUAGAGCACCCGAGUGCUGCCAAAAUGCGAAACCAACUGUAAUCUGUACUGGUACGAUGUACACUCAUCGGCCUUCGAACGCCAUACUCCAUUGAUUCGUUGAGUAAAAAAUCGAUAAAGGAUCGGUGCUUUUCCGGAUGGCCGGAAAUGCCAAACGGGAAGUUCAUAUCAUAUUCGUGUUUGAUAGGUUUGCUUGUGUGCGGUGGAAUAGAGCCAGCUGUUGAGUUAAGUUAUGACCCAAAAAUUGGUACUACAAAUGAUAUGUUAGUUUCUUAAAUGAUUGAGUUGAAGGAAGGUACAACCGUUGCAUUAUGCAGCAUUGGAUUUAAUGGCGGUUCUUAAUGCUGAGGAAUCGAAAAUCUGGCUAAAUAAUUUGAAAUCCCGGUGA